AUGUUGCCGAACAAGGAUAAUGGCGCUGUGCGCGUCGCGGAUGAUGAGCCGGAGAUAUCGCCAACCGAGGAGCAGAUGCAAGGGUUUGAGGAUAGGCAUGGAGAUGGGGACGGAGGUGGAGCGGGGCGUGUUGUGCCUUGGAAAAAGCAGGCCGUGAGGGACUUGAAGGUUUCCAGGCAUCGCGAUACAUAUAUGGGCGCGCUUGCCUUCAAUGUCUGCAGCUUCAUCCUCCCUGCCCUCUACACCACUCUGUCUAAGCUAUGGGUCGCCAACAUCGACUCGUCCAUGGUCGUCACUACAGACUCAUACACGUACAUCGGCGUUGUCGCCGAAGUUCUUAAUGAAGGUCUGCCGCGCGCAUCGUACCUCAUCAUCGGCGACAAGGCGGGCCGCACUUUCCGAGAAAGACUCCAGCUCACGCACACACUCAUCCUCUUCCAAUCGAUUCUUGGGCUGAUCAUGAGCAUUGCUUUUGUGGGCGGCGCAUCCACGUUCGCUCAAGGUUUCGUGCCCGUGGAAGUCAGAGCCGCGAGCCUGACAUACGUCCGCAUAGCGGCAUUUUCGGCCUUCAGCUCCGCCAUCGAAUACGCCGUCAACACUGCUACCAGGGCUCUGGACAAGCCCGACGUACCGCUCAUCAUCAGCUCAACGAAGUUCGCAAUCAACAUCAUCCUCGAUCUGAUCAUCAUCUCGAAGUUCCACGUCCGCGGCGUCAUGCCGACGGUCAAUAUGCAAGCCGGCAUUCAGCUCGCGUGCAACCUAGCCUCUGCAUUCGCAGGUCUCGCAUACUUUGUCUACACUACGAGCUUCAGGCGCAAAGCCGAAGCUCGCAGGGAGAAUUCCAGCACUGAGACUACGCCGUCGCUUCCUGCUCUUGUCAAGCUGGCCAAACCGGGCUGUGUCUUCCUCCUCGAAUCAGCCAUCCGCAACGCUCUCUACCUCUGGCUCGUGCACAACAUCGUCACCAUGGGGAGCGACUACGCCACUGCCUGGGGCAUCUUCACCACCAUCCGCUGGGGCCUCAUCAUGGUGCCAGUCCUGGCGCUGGAAGCCACAACCCUGACCUUCGUUGGUCACUCAUGGGGCGAGUUCCGCAAGGCGCUUCAGCCUCACGUCACAAGAGCUCAAGCUACUUGGCGUCAACUCUGGAACAUAACGCGCUGGGCCUUGUACUCCGUCUGCAUCGCGCUUGCGGUCGAAGUCCCCCUCUGCCUGCUCAUGUCCUUCCUCGGCGCCCGUCCUUUCGCCCGCUACCUCUCCGGGUCGGAUGAAGUAGCGCGCAUAGCGGCACAUAUGUGGCAGACGAUCGAUUGGUGCUACAUCUUCUAUGCGGUGUCCACUCAGCUCGCGGCUAUCCUGCAGGCAACACGCCCGGAUUGGUAUCUCUACCAAUCGCUGGCGUCCAAUCUUCUGUACGUCUUGCCGUGGGCUAUUGUGUGUCAGGUUGCGAAUCUGAAUCCGGGAGAUGCGUGGACGUAUCAUAGUCUGGUGUUUGGCGGGAGCUUGGUCUUCUCGUUCUUCGAUGUGCUGGUCGUGGAUGCGAUUUGGGCGGUGAGGUUGAGGGGAAAGGCGAGGGUGAGGGGCUGGUUGAUUGGUAAGUGA